AGCAGAUGACAUUGCCAAACUAACAUCAUUUCUAAAUUAAAAUGUGACGGCAAAUUGUUGCCGAGAAACCUUCGGAAUAUUAAUACAAUGACAUCUGCAUUUCAGGAUUGCUUUCAAUGGAUGUCAGUUACAGAAGAGACGUUGUUUUUGCAUGACGGAUUGAUCAGAGUCACUGAUUUGGUAGAACUUCCUCGGGAUGUCAACAACACUCAGGGAGGCGACAACGAAGUCAUAACCUUUGAUUUGAAAAGCCCAAAAGAGCUAAGUGAUAGGCUUCUUGCUGUAUGUGGUACCCAAAACAAUGCAUAUGCUCGAUUGUUAGAAUACAGGUUAAAUGCUUUAAGGGGAUACUGGUGUGCACAGAGACAGUUUGUAGGUGCAGAACAGCAAGAUUCAGAUUCCUCAUCAAGUGAAGAAACUUUAAAUAUAUUGAAGAAGCAAGGACUUUUAAAAGAACCAGAGCAAGCAUCAUUUUCAACACGUAUCAGUGUCCUUUUAGUCUUGCCAUUACUUCAGUCUCAAAGUCGAAUUGAUCCAAAAUUAUGUGGUGUUACAGCACAGUUACUCUUGGACUGUCUGCGAGAUUGUCCACCAAUAAGUCUAGCAAAAGAACCAGGGGAUUGUCUUCGUGGUUUAGAAAACCUCUUAUGCAGCUGGCUUUUAGAAGAAAAGGACAAAGAUACACCAGUUUUAGUUACAGAUAUUCAGCAACGAACAAGUGCAGCUGCAGCCCUAGUGGCUCUUGCAAGUGCAAGAGGCCAUUUGAAAACAUUUAUACAUACAAUCCAUUUACUACAAAGUUUGUCAGACCUACAAUCCCUACCUGUAUCAGAUAUUUUGGUCAAACUACUGGAAACAGAGGGAGGACAGGGUCCUCCACCAGGAUUGUCAGGGAAUAAACAUGUACUAUGUUGGGCAUUAGAGGACAUGUUAGCUAGUCCUGAGAAAGAGCCUAAAGAGAAAGAAAAAGAUAAAAAUAAAGAUUCAGAUGCUGGGCGCAGUGUGGCUUGUGAUGGAAAGUUUCUGUAUACCACAAAUACCCAAGGAAAGGGUGUGGCAAAGAUUGGAACAGGUUUACGUGGAACACUCAGAGGCUAUGUGUACAGUAGAAACUUUGAUGUGAAUGUUGGACGAUUGGCAUAUGGUUCAGGUUCCUUGCUGUGUCGACCACAAUCAUUUGACACAGAAGCUGACAUUAAUUCUUUGUGUCAAGUGUUGCAUCCAAACACUUUGCAGGUCAUUAAAACAAUACCCAAACCUGAUGAUUAUUCCAAAGAGAGUCCACAAACUACAGUGGGGUUCUGUAGUGAUGGAACUUAUUUUUAUUGGAUCUGGUUACCAGGAGCAGCAUCAGAUAAGAGUAGUAAAGGAGUACCAGUUUAUCUGGAGAAGUUUACAUUUGAUUCAGAGGAAUUGAUAGCUGUACCACAACAAUCCAGAAUUACACUGCAGAAGAAGGAUGAAUCUACAGCAAAAGCUCUCAGUGAAAGUUUAUUGGCAAAGUUACGACCCUUUAGAGGAAGUUCGUCAUCCAUUACUUUAGCAGCCCUUACUGGCCUUGACCCUCUCACUUCCAGGAAAGAUGAUGGCAUUCUUGCUGGUAGUACAAGCUGUGGAAUAUCUCUGAAAAACUUAGUAAAAACACCAGUGACAUGCGAUGGCAGCCAUGUUUUAUUUCUGACUUCAAUAUCAGGUGGCACUACAACUAGUUCUGCCUCCAGAGGAUUGUUCGGUGGAGGCCCUGGUUUGACAGGUUUAAGGACUUUAGGUUCCUGUAUGUGUUUCCAUGUUAAAGAUGGACAAUAUGCUACAAAAACAGAUCUCAGUGAUGCUCCUACUUGCUCUCUUGGUAGAGGGGCUGCCAUUUCUGCUGUUGGUUUAUGUUUUGAUGUGAUGAACAAUUCUAUAUGGAUGUGCAGUAAUGAUUGGGUUGACCAGUUCUAUAACCCAGCUCAUCAAGCACAACACCACAUACACAGGCGUCUCAGAAUAAUACAGAAACCAAGUAAGGGAGUGAGCUUGGAGCAAAAUAGAGAAGCAGUGAUCAAAGAUUUGUUACAACAUGUUGGCAGUAUGUGUUUACAUCAGAUCAACAAUGACCUCCUCCACACACCUCUGGGCUCAUAUAUCCUUCAGCAACACUCAGCUGACCUUGUCCAUGUGGGAAGAAUUGUAGACAUCUUACAAAGGUCCCUAGAGGUCAAGGACAACCAAAUUAUUCUGUGUUCAUUGAUAGUUUUACAGUUGGUAUUCAGAGUUAGUAUCUUCAAAAGAAAAUCCAAGGAAGAAGAGGACUUACUCCAGAGAUUGAGUGAUUUAGUAUGGAACCUGUUAAAAUCUCGAGAUAAACUAGAAAAACCCACUGACAAGGAAGAUUUUACAUCAGCUGUGAUCACUGAAGCAUGCCAUGUCUUAACCAAUGGGGUCAAUGUAUUAUAUCCCACAGAAAGUGCUAAAAAUAGACUAAUGAUGAAUUUAUUGGAUAGUACUUAUGAGGCUCAUAUAGAACUUAGAGAUAUGAUUCUUGUAGACUUUGCAGAUCGUUUGAGAGGAAUGACAUACAGCAACACAGAAUCAAAAAAUCUCUGUUUUAAUGAUGAAACUGUUAACUUGAUACUAAAGAUAGCAGUAAAGGAGUCAUGUGAAUUACUGAAGGAAUCAGUUACCAUAGGGAAAAACCAGUUUGAAGAACUACAAGCUCGAGUUCCUGUUGCCUCGUCUUGUUUGAGGUAUAUGAUGUCACUUCAGUCGUUUUUGUUGAGGGAAGCCAUAUUGUACAAGUCUAAAACAGAUUCAGAAGAUUCUACAAAACAUGAUAAUACAGUAUUAAAAGAAUUACAAAUAUCCAUAAUGAAUCUGGCUUCCAAAGUAUUUAGAGGUUCUUACCAGGUUUUAGAAGCGUUAUUAGACACAUGUAGUAUAGUAAUAUCAAAACAUAAAGAGGACUUAGAAUAUUGGUUACAAGGAUUAGAAAGAUUGGCUAAAGCCACAGUGUUGGGACAUCUACUUCCUGUCCUACUGACAGCCAUGACACAUCCUAACUUACGAUGUCUACAAUUUGGUGAUAAUCUGAUGUCACAGCUUGUACACCUUGUUGUUUUAACCAGUCAGGCUGCUCUGUUGUUGAAAAGUCAAGUCCAAGCAGUACAACAGGAGAUAUUUGAAAAAGAUGCUGAUAUAGAUGUAGCAGAGCUGAUUGGUCAGGCUGUCAAUUUAGAAAAUUGUGAUCUGAAAGAGAAAGAAGAGGAAGGAUUCCUUGCUGGACUUAAGAUCCCUGCCCCCUGGUCUUCAGGGAAGGCUAUAGAGAGUAUACAUCCUGUCAGGGACAAUUACAAGUUGAAGGAGAGUGUGCAUAUCCCCGGGGCAAGGUGCCUGUACCUUAGAUUUGACCCCAGAUGUGCCUCACAAUAUGAUUAUGAUAAGUUAGUACUGUAUGCUGGCCCAACCACAAACUCCAAGAAGGUAGCUGAGUAUGGUGGUAAUACAUAUGGAUUUGGCAGCCGUAGUGUUCUGGGAUCAGGAUGGCCGAAAGAUCUUGUCAAAGUUGAAGGAGAUACAGUCACAUUUUCUUUUGAGAUGAGAAGUGGUAGAGAGCAUAACACACCUGACAAGGCCAUGUGGGGUUUUAUGUGUACUGUCAGGGCUCAGGAAUCUACAGAAGAGGUAUCCAUUGGUCUUCCUUUCUUAGCAGAUUUAGCUCUAGGAUUAUCAGUACUGGCCUGUACAAUGCUACAACUAUUAUAUGAAGGACCAAAUAAAUCUAAAGAAGAAACCAGUUGUACACAUUUGCUCAGAUCUAAAUUAUUACAAAGAUGUGUAUGGCAGUCAGAUACAGGGAAACCUAUCCCAGGAUUCUCACCUGAUUCUUCACACGACAUCACCAUUCUAGACGACACAUCUCUACCCAGAAUCAAGCUGCCAUCUGAUGUUAUACAGAACUUGCGGAAACUUUGCCAUAGGCCAACACAAACACUCAGGCCAAGUAUAAGAGAAGUUAUUCAACCAGACAUACUUGAAGAAAGAGUUAUCUCUACAGUUAUAAAACAUCUAUCUCUGACUGAAAUUGUUCAUAAACUACCUUCUGCUGAAAACCAAAACCCUGAGGAAUUCUCAUUGCUACAGUCCGUUCUACAAGAAGUUUAUAAAAGAUUGGAUGCUCUGAUUAGACAGUUACAGAGUUUAGCAGGCCAGGAACAACAUUGGCAUACAGAUGUAUUAGACCAUAGACAGGAAAACACAGAGGAUACACCUCCAUUUUUCCAUGAUUAUCAUUUACAGGAGUCACAAUAUAAAGAAUUGAUGAUGUUAUGCUUUGUCAAGAAUAUACAACCAGAUCAUGGAGAUGAUGAAAAGUCAGUCAAAGCUCUGAGAGAAAAGUUUGAUGCUGAUGUUCAAAGUAGUGAAAUUGCAGAAACUUGUCCUAUGACCUUCACCUCUCAUAUUGUCAAAGGUCUGUUGUCAAGACUAGAUUUAUUGUUACAAGUUAACAUUGAGCCUCAAGGAGGAGUGCUGUACAGUAGAAACUGGUCUAUGAUGGAUCCCACACAAACAGGUGUGAUGGUGAGAUCAGACACAGACAUUUUAUUGCCAUCAUACAGCUUAUCAAGAAGUAUGUCUGCUCCCAAUGGAGUUGAUAUUUCUAGAGAAGAUGUCAAACACAAAAGACAGCAGAAAUAUAAGAAAGGACCGGUCCACAUCUUACAGGACUUGGUAGAAGAGGAAGAGAAAGACAGGCCACCAUAUGUUACAGUAAUAGAGCAGCUAUUCUCAUUCAUUGGUAGUGAUCCUCAAAAUACUAUUUCAAGCAAGGACUUUCUAUCUGCUGCACAGACAAGAUGGCGCCGUGGACACACAAGGAAACAAGCUUUAGUUCAUAUGAAAGAACUGCUGACAGCUGCAGCAAGAGUUGGUGGCACAACACAUUUGGUGGCAGCAGUGACAUCUGUUUUACAAAGAGGACCAUGUGUUGAUGAAUUGACUUGUGGUGGUAUGGUUGACCAUGUUAGAGAGGCAUUCUCUGAGACCAUGACAUCACUUGUACAGCUGGCAGCCAGAUAUCCUAUAGCCUGCUGUAACAGUAUAGGUCUUAUGUGUAUUAUUCCAUAUACAAGAGCUGAAGAGAAAUGUUUAGUAAGAUCUGGUCUAGUGCACCUUCUGGACAAACUGUGUAGUUUAGCCAACUACAGAUUAGACAACAAAGAAACACAAUCAACUCAUCAGAAAGUCUCAGCCAUGGCAUGGGCAGGCUUCCAAGUUUUGGCCAACAGAUGUGUCAUGUGGGAAACAGAAGAUGGUUCACAUUUUGAACAGUUAGAACACUCUGGAUUGGCUAGACAGGUGUCAGUAUUAUUAACCAAUCAUCUUGCCCGAGCAACAGAAUGCAGUGGAAAUGAGGCUGCAGGCAGUGAAGCAUUACAGGAUGUGCUAAGUUUACUGAACAAUUUGUCACGUAGUAAGAUGGGAAAAGCUAUACUUAGUCAACCAGCAUGUGUGUCUAAACUUCUGUCAUUGUUAUUGGAUCAGAGGCCAUCACCUAAGUUGGUAUUAAUCAUACUACAGCUAUGCCGUGUAGCUUUGCCACUGAUGAGUACAGAUGACUGUGACUAUCUAGAACUUCCCUCCUGGGGACAACACAUGCAGUCAUCACACUGGAGUAAUGCAGAGUCUAUAUCAGAUCCACCUGCUAAGAUUGUCAGUCUGCUGCUAGCCAAACUUGGAGAUUUCUUAGUGCCAGGUGACUACAGUACAGUGUGUAGUAGACGACCUUCAACUGACCCUAGUAGUAGCCAUGGCAACACCAGUGGAGAAAGAGAUAAGAAUGAAGACUGUGACAUACAGGGUGGUAGACUAACAGUGUUUGUACAUAAGAGAAGUGAUCAGUUAUCACAAGAAAUCACACAGGCUAUCUUGAGUUCUGACACAAGACAGAGUAGACUCGGCAGUCUUUUGACAGAGAAAGCUGUGAGAAUGGACAGAGAACUUAAUAAGUCUGGGAAAGCAGAUGUUGUGACAGAGGAUGCAGUUACUGCUUUGAAGAAAGCAGCAAAGUGGGCACAGUCUGGACUGGUGAUUUCUACUGGUUCUCCAGUCGAUUCAACCCCUCCAGAGGCCACUAAUGGGGACAAGAAAAAACAGAAUGCUGUUACUGUUUGCAGAGAGAAAAAUAAUGAGUUAGCAAGAACUGAUCCAGUGAGACCAUUUAUAAGUGGACAUGUUGCUAAUAGCAUGGCAGGUGAAGUGAUUGCUUUACUACAUUGCUUAUUGACUGCUCCAGAAUCUAACACAGCUCAUUCCUGGGCUAAUGCUGUACAGAGGGUUUUGAAUAAUGCACUGUCCUGUCUGCCAUUACUUCUGACAUCAAUAGACAGCUUGAGUUCACCAAGAUGUAGCAGUCGACAGUUACUAUUUAUGGCCAAGUUAGGAAAUGCUGCUCUAUGCUCACUAGGAGGAUUUAAGGAAAUAAUCAAGCCUGGUUGUGAUGUUAGAGUAACUGGUCCAGGAAUCCACAAUACUGAAGGAACAGUUCUAUGUGUUUCUGAACAGACUGGGCAAGUAACUGUUCAGUUGACAUCUGACCUUGAAUCAUCACCCAGAUACAGUGAUACAAUACAGGUUCCUGUUACCAGGCUGGAACCUGUCAGAAAUAAGAUCUACAAAUCUCACCACUUGCCAAGUACAGAAGCUGUUGUCAUGGCAAUCAAAUCAAUACUCCUUCCUCAGGAUGACAACCUAUCCACAUUACAGAAGACAUUCCCUGUGACAGGAGAUGGUAAUACAAUAAACAAUGUGACCUGUCGUGUCAUAGGAGAGUUACAGACAAGGGCAUGUAUGGUCCUGGCAUCUUACCUGAAUGAUCUCAGCUUUUCCAAGGAGUUUAUACAACACUGUGGCAGUACUAUAGAUGUUUUGAAGUCCCUUGCAAAGGAGUGCAAUACAGGUGACAGACUAGCUGUGAUAGAAGACCAUUGCACCAGACUGAGGCUGCUCUACAGGGACUGUGCUAAACCUCCACCUCCUCCAAGCAAAGUGGAUAAUAGAAUGAAUAAAGAAAUGUUAUGGGACCCAAACAGAAUUUUUCCACCAGUACGGACAUGUGUUUUCUCCCAUAGUAUGACUGGAGUUACCUUUCUUGGAGAUCCUAAUACAGGAAGUGGAUUACCUCGUGGAACUAUUGUUUAUGCCAACCAGUCACUUCCACAACAGGCACCAUCAUUUUAUUGGGAGUUGGAGAUAUUAUCUUUUGGCGACAGCCAGGAUGAGAGUGGGGCUGUUAUAUCUUUUGGAUUUGCUCCCUCUGCUGAGAAAAAAGAAGGAGCAUGGACAAAUCCUAUUGGUACCUGUCUGUUCCUUAAUAAUGGUAAAUCUGUCCAUUACAAUGGAGCCAGCCUGCUGCAGUGGAGGAGUGUCCGCCUGGAUGUUACCCUUAAUGCUGGAGACAUUGCUGGUAUUGGUUGGGAGAGAACUGAUGAAUCUCCUGUCCAAGGUCAGACACCUAAAGGUCGUGUGUACUUUACAUACAGAGGAAGACUUCUGAGUUCCAAUAUGGAGGAUGUGUCUGGAGGCAUGUUCCCUGUUGUACAUGUACAGAAAAAGGGCACCAGAUUAAGAGCAAACUUUGGAACCAGACCAUUUGCCUAUGCCAAAGGUCAACAGCACAGAGAUGCUGCUGAUGAAGCAAAUGAUUUAACCAGGGAAAUUAGAGAGAGUUUUGGACACCUGCCAUUCCAUCAUGCCUCAGAGAGUGAAGAUGAAGAACCAACAGUGGCUAGUCCAGAAGUUGCACAGAAGGAGGACUUAAAAUCCCCACAGGGUCCAUCAUGUAAAGUCCCAGAGAUACCAAAACCACAGAAAGAAUAUGAUACAGAUUCAUGUAAACAGUACAAAUUGUUCAGUAGCUAUGACAACUUUUUGUCUACUGGCCCUGACUAUCUGUCAACGGCUACACAGGAAGAUGAGUCUGAUGAGGAACCAGUUGAAGAUGAUGCACAGACAGAAGACCACUAUGCUCUACUAGUAAAGGCAUGGGAACAGAAGGUGUUCCCUGUUAUCAGGAGAAGAUUUAGAAAUGAGGCUGAGAGAAAGGAUGGACUGGAACAAAUUAAAGGAGCACUACAGCUGGGUAUGACUGAUAUUGCCAGACAAACAGUAGAAUUCCUAUAUGAAGAAAAUGGUGGAAUCCCACGUGACCUUCAUCUUCCCACAACAGAAGAUAUAAAGGAGGACCUAGCAAAGUUCACAAUAGAGAGGGUCAGAAAGGGGACAGUUGUAGUGGUCAGAAAUACAGCUGAGACAAGUACAGCAGGGACCACCAUGCUGCCUAUGUUUGCUGUGAGAAGUAUGCUUAGGACAUUUGGUCUGACAGGGACUGUUCUGGAUGUUGAUAAUUCGAAUGAAUUGGUACAAGUAGAAACCUACCUGCGGAGUGAAGGUGUACUGGUACGAUUCUGGUACCCUAUAGACAUGUUAGAGCGACCAGGCCAAGGUCUGAGGAAAUCUUCAAUCACAGGAGGACAGAUAUUGGAUACUUCAAACAUAUACAUUCAUAGAGAGCUGCUAAGAUGUGAAGGGAUAUUAUCUAGGAUGUAUUGUAGAACUGCUCUAUUAAAACUCAUUGACCAUUGUAACUCACCAGCAAUGGAGAUAUACUCAUGCUCUGCCAGUUUGGGAUCUGGAAUGGCUGCCAGUGCUGCCCUCUUGCAGCAGUUAGACAUAGAAAAUCUCCAGCUCUUGUCAGAGGAGCUCCUGUGUCCUCCUCAACCUCAUGGAACAAUACAGAAUGCCUCUCUGAUCACCUCCUCAUCAUUAGAACAUUGUCUAGCCAUCAGUUCUUGCUCUCUGACAAAGUUAUUGUACCGCGAUGAAGAUAAGUUAAAAAGAGAGCUAUCAGUGGCCAUUGCAAGAGCAGCCAAUCAGGGAGAAGAUUACUUGACUGAGCUUACCAAUCAGAUUUGUAUUUGUUUGCAGAUUGCACCAGAGAUGUUCCCAUAUGAAGAGUUUCCAGUAACAGAGGUUAAGGUCAACACAGAUGUCCAUUUCCCAGGGGCAUCAUGUUUGGUUGUGUCUUGUAAAACUGAUCCUAAAGUAGCAAAGAAAGACACAUCGCUCUACAAAUCUCCAUGGGCAAAAGUUCUAUCGUACAAUGGUAACCAUGUAAGGAAGACAGGACAACCAACCAAACUGGAUUGUGUUAGUUAUCCAAGGGAUACCAGCUCAACCAGUAACCAGAAUGAACAGUAUACUCCUGCUAUAGUACCCUGUGAUAGGGUCCAUGUCAAACUGGGUGUGUCUCCACCCCCAGGUGUCAUGUUGACAAUACAUGCUCUAUAUCCACAGUUCUUACUGGCCGUGGCUUACAUAGAGACUUUAAUAGAAGAAAAAUAUGGUUGUGGAACACAAAGUUGUGGCAUGCGAGGACAUGCAGGUACAACGUCUAGCUUGCUGAGUAAGGAUAACCACCAGAGUUUAUGGAAUGUGGAUAACAUCAAGAUUACACCAGGGGUAUUUAAGCACAUGAUUGAGUUGUUGUGUAGAUAUUUAUGGAAGUGUAGUAUUCCGUCUCUCAUUAAGGAAUAUAUGUUCCACCUUCUGGCACAAUCCUUGAGAAUUCUGAAUUACAGCGAGGGUUGUAAUGGGUCAGUUCUCCAGGCUCUGCAACCUCAUCUGAAUUUGAACACUGGUUUACUGGUACAACUACAGAUGGAGUUGAGAAAAUUAUAUGAGGAGGAAACCAAGGGAUGGGAGUCUAUGUCAACAGCUAGUGGUGUUGGGAUGGGUAUUGGGGUGUGUGAUAAAGGACGAUUCUCUACAUACUUUCAUUCAUUGUUAGAAGUGGUUUUGGCUACUGCUGAAACAAGAUAUGAUGAAAGAUCAAAGACUUUCAUUGGGCUGUUGAUGUCUGCAGGUGCAUUCGGUUCCUCAGCCUCAGGAUCUUCUCAUUCUUUAGGAAGUCCAACUUCAUCGGCCAAGAAGAAAAAGGUCAAGGCAAAAAGAGAUAAAGAAAGAGGUGGCGCUGUACCAAAACGUACUCCUGUAUCCAGUCCUCGUGUGAGUGAGAGUGAUGCCUCUCACGCUGUGUCAGCCAGCACAUCAGCUACAUCUACGUCAUCAUUUUCAUCGCUACCUACAUCAGAAAACUCAUCAUCUUCCUCACUCCCAACACCUGAAUCUAGCAAGACAUCUCUUACUGGAACUAAAUCAGAAGAUUUAUUAUGGUUUCAGAGAACUUUGACUGUGUCUCAGAUUAUUCGUCAUUUGGCAUUCCGAGAGAAACAGAGUGAAAGUUUCUUACACACAGCCAUUCUGGAUGCUGCACACAUUCUUCAAGUACCAUCCGCAUACAAUAGAGUAUUAGUUAUCACAGGAAUACCUGAUAAGAUAUCCAAAGACAAUGUGCAUUCAGCUGUUCAAAAAGCAUGUCAGUCAAAUGGGGGAAUCGAUAGGAAUGAUAUUUUCGUUCCUGUUCAAACUGUAAGUCCAAAGGUCAGAGCUGUUGAAAAGUCAGUGAGUCAAGGUCAAGUUGAAACUGAAAGUGAAAGUGUAUCAGAACAGUCAACCGAGGCAGCAGGUGUUGCCAAGGCAACAGAAGAAGCACCUGCUCCAAAAAGGACAGAGGCUGUCAUUAAAGGUACAGCAGUAAUAAAUAUCAGUUCCAAGUCCAAAGUGGAAAAUAUUAAAAAGUCAUUAGUAAAAAGUUUAUCAUUUGAUCACGUUGAUGAGCUUGUAGAAGUUCCUGAUGAAAUGAUGACAAUAUCAACUGUCAAUGCCAUGUUGGUUACCGCUGAGCCCCAAGCUAAUGACACUUUAGAGGAAUAUUUACAGUAUAAAUUUUUUAACGGUUCUAAUCUCGAGGAAGUAACAGAGCCUGGUCUUUUGGCUCUCAUAGAAAUAUUCCAUAGUUGUUUUAUCAUGGAUCAGAGACACGGUAGUGAAGACUUCAGACAAGACUCGGGAUUUAUAUGUCUUAGUAAAGAUCAGAUCCUGCAACAUGUACAAGAAAAUAUGCUCUUCUGUUUCUUCAACAACAUUAAACCUCCAAAGAAGUCGUUACAGGAACAAGUUACACAGGUGUUACGGAAGUAUGGCAUGCUGAAAUCACCUGAUAAAGAAGGAUCACCAGGAGAUAGAAAUGGCAAAGGGAAAGGACCCAAGAGAUCGCCAAAAUCAUCCAAAGAAAAAGUUGUCAUGGGUGUGUCAGAAAAACCACCACACCGUGACAAAAAGCCAAAGGGUAAAGACAUGCCAGAGAAAACACACAAGGAAGGAGCAGAACAAGGUGCCAAGGCUGGAAAGAGUUGGCCUGUUGAAGAAUCAAGACAUUUAACCCUGGAAGGAUUCUUACAGUAUGUCAUAGACAUGGCAAAGCAAGAUAUACGAUCAGUAUGGAGAGCUGUCCUAGCCUGUGGAUUUGAUCUUUUCUUCGAAAGGUGUGCCUGCCUUGACAAUAACCAAGCUUUACAGAUGACCACACAGUGGACAUUAGAAAUGGACUCUGCCUUGGUCCAGUAUGUAAACAUGUCAGCUAAGAAAUUAGGAGUGGCACCCUCACGAUUACAUCCACAUGAGAUGAAUAUACCAGAGGAGAUAUUAACCAAUGAAACAUAUGCUUGUUUACAAGGUGUUCCUGUUGAGAGUGUCAGAUUAAGAUUUGCAUUCCUACAGUCGCUAAAUAAUACUCUUGAAACCAUUUUCUUGCCAAUGGUGGAUCUACGUCCUGCCAAAACUUACAACCGCAGUACAGCCUCUGCCCUGUCAAAAAUCAGAGGACUUAUAUUUUAUGACUCAAAAGUGAACUUUGUAAAUCGUAUUAUGAAUGCAACAGCUAAGAGAAAACCAGAUCAAGCUGCACCAGAAGUUACACUGGAUCCCUUGGAAAAUUUAUCAGGUGAUGAGAAAGCUUCCCUAGUAACAUGGUAUUGUCAGACUUUCAGACAAUUAUCUAAUAUUCCAUCCAAACAGCUGUGUGUACGUCUAGCUAGUGGAGGAGAUCCUACCUAUUCCUUCAAUGUGCGAUUGACUGGAGAAGAAGUCCAUGGAACAAGUGGUUCUUUCCGACAGUUCCUGAGCCAAAUAGCAAAAGAGCUCCACUCUUUGAAGUUGAUAGUCCCAUGUAACAAUAGUAAUUACAAAAGUAGAUGUCUACUACAUCCAGGGAAGAUGACAUUCCCAGAGGAAAGAUUAACACAGUUCUUUGGACAGAUUUUAGGCAUAACUAUAAGAGCAGACAUACCUCUGGGGUUAGAUCUACUAAAGUCUUUGUGGGAAGCCAUUGUAUCUGAUGAUGAAGACCCAAAUACCAAUCUGCAAGAAGCAGACCCACUAACAUACAACUUUAUGAAAAAGAUUGAAAUGGUUGAGACAGAAAGUGAACUUCAAGCAUUAUGUUCAGAUGUUUACCCACAGUUUGUUUAUUCUACUCUGUCUGGAGAAGAAGUUGAACUGAUACCUAAUGGACACAAAGUUUCUGUUUGUUGGGAGAAUAGACAAGAAUAUGUUGAAGCUAUUCAGAGAUUGAGAAUGACAGAGUUAUUACCAGAACAUAGAAUACAGUCAUUACAUUGUGGUCUGGCAUCAAUUAUACCUCUACAGUUAUUGAAUAUACUCUCACCUUUAGACCUAGAAAUCAGGACCUGUGGAUUACCGGAGGUCGACCUAGCUUUUCUUAAGGCACACACUAUGUAUCAAGUUGGACUGAUGGAGAGUGACAAACAUAUAGAAUAUUUCUGGAAUACAUUGGAGACACUUAGUCAGGAGGAUCUCUGUAAAUUUAUCAAGUUUUCUUGCAACCAGGAAAGAAUUCCACAGACCUGUCCGUGUAAAGAGGGUGGGGCAGAAACCACACAUGUCCCUCCUUAUCCAAUGAAAAUUGCUCCUCCAGAUGGCCCAGGUCCACCAGAUUCACGGUUCAUCAGAGUAGAAACUUGUAUGUUUAUGGUUAAACUUCCACAGUAUUCUACACAAGAAUUGAUGACUCAGAGAUUAUUAUAUGCUAUAAAUUGCCGAGAGGAUCCACUAAGUGGAUGAACUAUGUACAUUAGUAAUAUUGUGGAAAAUAUCUGCUAAGUUGAUAAAGCAUUUUGACUUUUGUUAAAAUCAAUAUUUUUUUAGAGGCUUUAGAUCGUUGAUACACAAUGUCCAUUGGAAUGACGGAGAAGAUGAAGAUGUUUACCUUCCUUAAAUGACAUAUAUUUAUAAAAUUUUAGGAGGUAGAAAAUGAGCGAAGGGAUAUAAGUCUAUAAAAAUCACAAGUACAUUUAUUUCUUAACAUUUCAUAGAUAUCUUGUAAGACCAAGGCUUCCAAAGCGGUCAUAUAUUCCGGACAUUUGUAUAAUGUCCGGUAAAAGUCCGGCUGGGCAAAGCAUGAAACGGACAUCUAUUUUUUAGUUUUCAAUGCUUAAGAGACGGUCAUUUUAACAUAAUUCGCGAUCUUUUUGACCCAACCUUUUGCCUUUAACAGCAACACAUUUCCGGUCAUAAAAGUCACAUGAUCAUUAAGUACUAUCAAAACAACCCCUACUUUAAUACAUUCUCAUUUUAAUCAAGGCUAAUUAGUUGUCGAACAGCUGAAAUUUACCUGUGUAGGUGACAGGUAAACUAUUAUGAACCGGACAUUGAUCGGUCUAUUCAAACUUAUUUUCUUACAUUUCAGCGGUUUGCAUCUAAUUAAUUUAGUUAAAAAGAUUAAAAUUAUCAGAAAUAUGUUUACAAAUAUGAUUUGAUGAAAAAUUUAAAAAGGUGAAAAUGAAAAAUUGUAAUAACCACGUUGUUUGAACCAGAGACAUAUCUCUGUUUGAACUAGUACACGUGUGUGCAUGUGCUCAGGUGUGAAAUUUAUUUAUGCAUCCUAAUUUCUUCAAAAAAUGCUUAAAUUGUCAUUGAUACCUUUAUCUCACGUUUAUUUCGAAUAUUUUCUUGAAGAACUAACGUAGAAAGAGCUACUUACACUCAUUCAUGCUUUGCAAACGUACACGGAAUUUACGUAUCCGUCUCUGGUCCAUGUUUUACCAUUGUCAAGAUAACAUCCGGUUUAGAUUUAAAAAACGAAAGUUAAGUUUUUGACAACGUUAGUUUGCACAAAUAAAGAGUCUAAGCAGAUAAUAUAAGUACGCUGAUGUUGCACACUUCGAAUGAUGCACUGCCAAUUUAACAGUUUAUGUCAGAACUUCGAAUUUGCAUCAGAGAAAGUUUAAUAUCGUUUUUUUUUUUAAUGUCAAUCAUUGGGAUGGCCAACUCGGCAACUGAUUUCCAUAAUUGCCUUUUAUUUAUUUAGUCUUAAGGGAUUAAAAUCGGGAUAAUAUAUAAAAUGUCCGGCUGGCUAAAAAUAAUUUUGGAAGCCCUGUGUAAGACUCAAAGUAUCACAGAUUUAAAAUUGUAAUUCUGUUUCACUCAAAUGCUUAAAAUGAAUUAAAGACUUUAAAUACUAUAACAAGCACAUUACUGAUUUUUAAAGUUAGCUCCCCCUUAAACCAGUUCUAAAACUCUUGAACGAUAUUAAGUGGUCUUUUUUCUGAAUGCUUAAAUUUCCUAACUUCUAGGGCCAAUUCUAUUUCCUAGGAUUAAUUUUCAUAUUUGUUUGUGUCCCAAAUUCUGAUUUUCACAUCAAAUUUACAUGUUUCUAUCUUAUUCCCAGAAUUAUGGAAAAUAGAACCCUCACAAAAAUUUGCUUCUUUACAUUACUUGAAGCAGAAAAAUACAAUAAAUUUGGGAAGUCUGUUUGAAUUAAUAUUUCCUUAAGACAUCUACUAUCUGCUACUGUAAUUUACCUCAAGAGUGCAGGAAUUUGAUUCCUAAUGACGUGUUCAGAAGAUGUAAUUAUAUUGUGUGUGUUUGUGUAGGUGUGUGACUUCUCUUUUUCUUUUUUUCUUUCCAUGAUGUAAAAAAUAUAUCCUUGACACAGUUGUCAUAGUAAUCUAUUUUUUUAUAUACUGUACACAUGAAGCAUUGGUGUAUAAUUUUAUGGAGGUCGUAGCGUUGUCUGAUAAUGUACAGUAUUUCUUUAGAAAAAGUAUUUUAAGUAAGAAGAUCUCCAGUUAAAAAUUUGCACAAAUUGUAUCUCAUGUGUGUAAAUUACUUCAUAGUGCUAAAAGCUUUUCUGUAUGUUUUUUUUUUUAUCCUAAUGACUAUUUACUGAUUAUUUUCUAGUGAUGUAAAUUUAAAUAUGAAAUAUAAUGAAUUUGCAUUGCAAGCAUUUAUCAAGGGAACAUUUAAUAAAUAAGAUGAUUUAUAUUAUAAUGUACAUGUAUUUAUUUACUCUGCAAGAGUUGGUAUUAACAUUUCUGAAUUAAUGAUUAUAAUGAUCAUAAACCAUUUUCUAGCAAGAUAUUACCCCAGGUAAGUGCUGACAUUAGCUGCAUUCCAUAAUGUUUUUGUCUAAGUAUCUUAAAUUUAAACAAUAAUUUUAUCAUCUCCCAAUAUUGAUAGAAGAAGCAGCUUUGAAAAAAUGAGCAGUCUGUUUUUGGAAUUAGUUUCAAACAUGAACAUCCCUUUGUUGAAGACUUUAAGAAAAACUACCAACGUUUCAGCUUUUAGCAAAUGUAAAACCAUAUUUGUGUGUGUUUAUAUGUGAUAUGUAUAGGCUUAUUUAUUAUAUAUAUUUUGUUUUUGUGAGCAUUGUUAAUAUAGCGAUGGUUGUAUUUUUUUAAAGCUUUAUUACGUUAGCAACAAUUAGUAUUUUUGCUACAACAACAGUAACCAUAGCAACUAUUAUUUAUAACAUGUACUAUAUUAAUGUUUUAACCUAGUUGGUUUUAUUUGCUAUGGAAACAAAAGAUUACAUUUAAAAAAAAAAUGUUUUCUUUUGGUAGUAAUGUUUAAUCAAAUUUGUUUUAUAUGUUCUUGAAACAGAAGAUUACAUUCUUACUGAAUGUUUUCUUUUGUGUUAAUAGUAUUUUAUGUAAUUUGUAGGGUUGUGUAUACCGCUUUUAAUUAAGUAUAGAACUAAGUGACUGUAGGGAUACUUUGGAUUAUGUCGGUCUGUCCAUGUCUGUUUUCCAUUUCUUUAACAGAAGUGUAAAGUUUUAGUGCUUUCUUAAAAAUAAGGCAUUAGAUUAAGAAAAUGGGAUUCCCUCUAAGUGUAGGAUACAUUUAUAAAUUGAUUUAGAACAUAAGCCAUUUUAUAACAACAUACAUGUAGGGGUUUGAACCAAAAGGUCCCCUGGUAUUUAUCAGCAUGAGUAUCAGAUAUCUGGUACAAACCACUUUAAAGAUUCUGUUAUGUUACUGUGUGUCUAACUAAUAAGUAAACAAAAGUUAAAUCAUUUGGGGGAUAGUUGUCUCAUUGGCAAUCAUACCACAUAUGCUUAUUUUUAUAUUGAAGCAUAUUUUUAUUGUACUGUCUUUUCUGCAAUUUAUUAAUUUCUGUACUAGCUAUAUACUGGUACUAUAGACUGCUUAUAUAAUAUGAUUUCACACGAUAGUGCUUUUUUAUUUUUCUGGAUUUAAAUGCUUUUGUACUGACCCCCACCCCCAUGUUGCCAAAGGAGUAAUAUUGAACACUUACCUAUUCACUCCAUAUAGCUUGACCUUUUCACUGAUAUAAACUGACCUUUUGACACAUCUCUUUAAAUCAUAUAGAUAUUAAAAAAUUGUUGCCAUUGGAAUUUUGUUACUGUAUAGACAUGAUUUGACAAUUCUGGGAUGAGGUGAGCAAUAGGAUAUUGGCAUGACUUCAUUGGAAGGUGUUAUCUUAAAAUCUAAAUGGUUAUGAACAGCAUUUAUAGAUUAUAAAAUCCAUACAACUGACUGUUGUUAAAAAAUUUUAAUUUUGAUAUUUUUUUCGCAAGUCAGCAGUUUUAUUUAAAGCAUUUAUUUUAUAUACAAUUAUUUUUUCUCUGUUUUUCAUGAAAAAAUUAUAAUCAAAAAGUUUCCCAUUGCUUCCUUUGCUGAAAUAAUAAAUAUAAAUGCUGCUUUAGUUUAAAUGUUGAAUCAAGAAUGUUAUCAAAUUCAUAUUUUCCUGAACUUUUCAGUCAGCAAUUUUGUUUGUUGCGAUAGAAAUCUCCAGCAUUAAUGAAGAUGAAUUUGAUGAUAAUACCAGGGUCAUAUAUUAUUGUUUCCCUGCUUUGUUAUAUUGUUACCAGAUGUAUAUAGUUGCUGAUAUAUUGUAUGCUUUCAUUGGUUUUAAUAAAUUAUGUUACAGAAAA